AUGUCAAACUUGAAUAACUUAGCAUUGCAAUUGGUCCAAAUUCUUAACCAACAUAGUAGUGAUGGUGGACCGCAAAGUGCUGUUUCAUCUAACCAAACAGACACAGCAAAUAAGUUUUUGCUUGAGCACUAUAAUAAUUACUUCUUACCAUAUAUUUCCAGAAUAGGAAACGAACCUAUUUUGAGCAAUACCUGUAACCAAAAUUCCACUUCAAUUGAUCAAUUGUUGGUAUCGUAUCCAAAUAAUGGUUUAACAAUUAAUUCGAUUAUGAAUUAUGACCAAUCUGGAAACCUAAAUUCGCCUUCACAAUCGGUUGAUCAGGAACAAUUAAAUUUAAAACAAAAUUUAGAUUCAUCAGCCUACAAUUCAGGAAUAAAAUCUAAACAACUUUUGCUUACCUUACAAAACCAAACUCCAUUGAUUGGGCUACAAAGCACUCCUAUGGAAGUUUCAAGGGCACAGAUUUCAAAUUCUUCUCCUCAACAAGUUAUUCCACUUAAUAUAUUAAACAAUAAUUUAAAUAAUUGGGCAGAAUCUGCUCUUUCAUCUUUGCUAGAUAAACCGGACAUGCUGAUGAAUUUAAUGCGACUUGGUGCUGCCAGCAUUAUGGCAUCUUAUUAUGGGCAAACACAGAACCCAACAGGUGUAAAUAUUUUCCAACAAAGCUCUCCACUAAUUUAUAAUAUGUCUCUUUCACCUAAACAAACCGAAACACCUUGUAUCAACAAUAUUGGCCCAAUAGAGAUGAACUCUUCAACUAUGGCAUUUACUCCAGUAAAGUCACCUUCUACAGAAAAAACUGAACACCAAACCCCAGUAUUUACACCCAAUGCAUCUCAACAAUUUUCAGAUGAAUUAGUUUUCUAUAACUUUCUUGAGCAGAGUAGAAAACUUUCAUGCGAUAUUAAGAAUCAGAAUGAAAAAAAAAAUUUAUCUACUAACAAAAGUAAUGGGCAAACUAUUAGAAAAAGUUGUGCUGGGAGGCCACGUUUAGACCGUUCAGAUUGGUGUUGUAGUUUAUGUAGGUGCAUUGAAACAGCACAGUGGAGAUAUCUUAGAAAUACCAUAGAGAAUAAUCAAAACAAUAUUUGUCAUCGUGGUAAAAUCCUGGUUUGUAACGCUUGCUAUUUAAGAGUGUCUAAGGAAAACAAAAUUAGACAAAAAAUAAAUACCUUUAAAUUGGAAGGAAACGUAAAAAUAGACGAUACUUAG